AUGAGUCAUCAGAAAGUUCGAAUUGGUGAUGAAGCAACUACCCAUGGCAUCGGGACCAAACAUGGAGCAAUAAAUAUGCAGAACAAUUUAAUAACCGGAAGUCUAACGACUUAUUUAUGCCUUGUCCAGACCAGGCUUGCAAAGAUGAUACCGUUACGCCCUCUGUGUGACAGCCGUGUAAUGGACAGAUAUAUCAGAGAAGCCAAGGAUCUCCUGAAAGCGCCGUGUAACCGGAUAUUUCAAUUUCCCAAUGCAAUUCCUCUUCCAAAUACUGGUCUGAAUCUACGAACAUGGAGGUCCAAAAGUAAACGUAUGAAAAAUGAAGAAAUUAAGGCAGGCCUUAUUAUGCUUUCUAAUGCAACACAGACAGCAAAACAUUUUAUCACUAAUAAUUCCACAGUGCCUCUCUUAGAUAAGAUUUACAGGAAUACUAGGACCUUUAUUCAUCUCCUACAACUGAUGAAUGUGCCGGACACAUCAAACCAGCUGUAUGGACGUACAAAGCCAUUUAUGGGGAGGACUGUCCAAAACGUAUUAUACACAUACACUCGCUUGAUGCACGGGAAAAUCAAUAUCUUUUACCGGGAAAUGGCUGAAGAAUAUUGUAAGCAAAGAAAGAGGUGACAAUAACCGGAUUCCUGCAUGUGCGUGCACUUUGUGGAGUUCAGCACUGAAAUUUUGAACUAUCAUGUGCAAUGCAAGAAAAAGAAAAUGCAAGUGUGAUGUUUAGAACAAGAUACCAAAUACAGUUGCUGUUUGGUACUGUGCCAACAAAUUCCAAGAUAUCACUCGGGUGCAAGAGGAUAUGACUUCAAGUAGUGGAGAAUAUACUAGCUACAUGACUGGCUACAAAUCAA